AUGAAGUUGAAGCAACUCAAGGUUAGGCCACGGAAGCUCUUGGAAUCAAGCCCUUGCGUCGUCGAGAUGGGUGCAUUGUUCGAAUGCUGGGCUACCGAUGGUAUCGAUGCCAAGAAAUGUACAGCUGCUGCUCAAUCUCUUCAGGAGUGCAUGUCCAAGCCUGUCAAGAAGACAAAGGCAAAGAAUACCAUCAACUACCACUUGGCACGACUCAGCAAACAAUUGUAG